GGAAGAGCCCUUACCUGAUGUUCACCAACCGCCAUGAGAUCUGCCGUAUAGACCUGAUAAAGAAAGACUACACCCAGGUGGUGCCCGCUCUGAAGAACGCUGUAGCCCUGGAUGUGGACGUCACCACCAACAAGAUGUACUGGUGUGACCUCUACCACCGCAAGAUCUACAGGUAACGCACACACACACACAUGGUGCACACGCACAAAUCUGCUGUGAGUGUGAAUAUGGUGCAGAGCCAUAUAUUUAGAGAGUUGGGACAUUGAGGUUUCUGAAUUAUGUUGAAUUAUGUUACAUGACACUACAACAUUCUAUGGCAGCCAUGUUAGCUCCCAAUUAACAUUACAUGGGGAAUAUUUAAACAAUGCUGUGUAACUGAAUGUCUAGAAUUAGAACAAUGUUCUAAAUUCGAAAAGUUGGCCGAACUCUGGUUAUGUGGAAAGGCGCUUAUCAGGCUGAAGUUACAGAGCCAUUCCUCUCUCCUCUCUCCUCUCUCUCUCCUCUCUGUCUUCUCUCUCUCUCCUCUCUCUCUCCUCUCUCCUCUAUGUCUUCUCUCUCUCUCCUCUCCCCUCCUCUCUCCCCUCUCCCCUCUCUCAUCUCUCCUCUCUCCACUCUCCUCUCCCCCUCUCUCCUCUCUCAUCUCUCCUCUCUCUCCUCUCUUGACUGACUGAGUGCAUGCUAAUGGCUACUGAAGACAGCACCUCACUACUGAUCUCCUUAGCACUUCUCCCCUCUGUAUGUGUACAGACAGAUCAUGACAGGCCCAUGAGUCACAGAUCUAUGUAUCCAGGGGCUUGUUAGGGUGCUAGAGGAAGCUACUGGACAUGCAAACAAGUACACAAACACACACUAGCUUCUAUUUCUGUCUGAGUAGACAAUGUGCUGAUGGUGAGAACAUUUCAGAACAUCAUAAUGAGAGAAGAAACUAUGUUUGUUCAUUUGUCACUCCCUCUCCACUGGGUUCUUUCCCUUCCACUCCUGUGUGUGUGUCUGCCGUGGUUCGAUACAUGGAGCCAACUCAGAACGCCCUGACCUGAUGGGACAAGUGGCCCGGCUUUGUCUUGAUUGUGUCCGAGAUGAGGAGGGAGGGAGGGAGGGGUCGAGAUAAGGCUCCAUCCAUCUCCCUAAGCUCAUCACUCUACAUCAGACCAGGGCCAUUUUCAAACCCAUUCACCCAGACCCUGGGCCAGCUAACACCUGGCUGCCUGUCAUCUCCUCUCUCUCUCUCUCUCUCAUUCUCUCUCACUCUCUCUCACUCUCUCUCUCUCUCUGUGUGUUGUUCGUUUUCCAUCAUGUCACACAUUAUGACGCUGAUGCCCGAAGCACACCUGGAAUGGAGAGAUGGAUGGUGCAUGAUGGGGCUGUUUGUCCUUCACACACAGAUAGUUAGAAAUCCACUAGUGUGUGUGUAUGACGAGCUUGCCACCCUCCCUUGGAGGCAGGGGCCAGGGUAAAUUAUCUCAGUUGGGCCAUAUGCUGCUUCUAAUUCCUCUCCCUGAAUAAUCACCCCAUUACUCAUCACAUACACACUCACACACAAACAAACACACACACACACACACACACACAUUCACACCCCAGGGCCCGAGGAGGAGAGAGGACACAAACACACUGAUUUGACAUUGAUAAGUACAGUCUUUAUACACUCUCCUUCAGAACUAGCAUAUAACCACAGACUAUGAGUUGGCCCUCACACCCACUGGCAGAGAACCUGUAUACUUCCUUAUGGGCUGGCACAGCAGCAAGUGCACAUAGACUCCAUCAUUAGUGUACCAGUAUCGUACACUUCUCACACGCUGGUCUGAAAUUGUCGUGUUGUAUACCUUAACCCCUGCUGUGCUAACAUUAGGCAACAGCCACACAGUAGGAUACCCACUGAGAUGCUAUGGAUAUUCCAAGUUCCAUGUUGUGUAGUCAUCACUUGUCACUCUGGAUGAUUUUCUGGGGAGGAGUGGUGAGGUGUUUCUUUAAAAAAUAUAUUUUAAAUAUUUUAUAAAUAAUACAAAACAUACACAUAGAAAUGACAACAUCAGAGUGGUGAGGUGUUUCUGUGGGGAGCCCCUCUGUGGGGAGCCCCUCUGUGGGGAGCCCCUCUGUGGUGAACCCCUCUGUGGUGAACCCCUCUGUGGGGAGCCCCUCUGUGGGGAGCCCCUCUGUGGUGAACCCUUCUGUGGGGAACCCCUCUGUGGUGAACCCCUCUGUGGGGAGCCCCUCUGUGGUGAACCCCUCUGUGUUAUCCUCCAUCCUCGUUAUCUUAGCGUUAAUUAAUAGUGGUUAGUGUGGUGGCGGGUCCAUGCAGCUCUGCUUACUUCCUGCUGUGAUUAAAACAUCUGAGAUCAACAAUAAAUAAUCAAUAAAUCAACAAUAACACAGCUAAUUAAUGAGACUGCCUCCCCUGUCUGUCCCCAUCCGUCUCUGUCUCGCUCGCUCUCUCUAUCUGUCUGUGUGUGUGUGUGUGUCUGCUGUCCCUGUCUCUCCUAUCCUUUUUAUUCAAUAAUUUUCCUCCUCCGCCUCCUCCUCUCCCUCCUCCCCCUACUCCUCCUCCUCCGCCUCCUCCUCUCUCUCCUCCUCCUCCUCCCCCUACUCCUCCUCCUCCUCCUACCCCUCCUCCUCUCCCUCCUCCUCCUACUCCUCCUCCUCCCCCUUCUCCUCUCCCUCCUCCUCCUCCUCCUCCCCAUCCUCCUCCUCCUUCCACUCUCCCAGCUUUUAGUUCCUCUAUCUCCCUGUUGUGUUAGGGUGUGAAUUGGGACAUUGCAUCUGGUUAAUAAAGCUCUCCUACAGGCCUAGCCAGGUAGUGGAGGAGUAAUGUUUCAUGGUGGAUCUGCUGUGUCUCCUCUCAGGUCAUCUCACCUCAGUUACUCAGACAAAUCCCCCUCUUUAAGAAAAGAGGCUGGCUGCUUUGUCUGCUGAUGAAAGGCGACAAGCCCAUUCUAAUAGCUAGUUUCUACAGGAAAUAGGAUUAGGGCAGGAGUUGUUAGAGAGUUGCCAGGUUAAGAUGUUCCUGUCUGGGUAUUCCUGUCUGGGCGACAACAGCCUAUCACAUGUAUUACUGACCAGGAGAGUCCCUCCCCCAUGGCGACAACAGCCUAUCAGAUGUAUUACUGGCCAGGGAGUCCCUCCCCCAAUUUCGACAACAGACUAUCAGAUGUAUUACUAACCAGGAGAGUCCCUCCCCCAAUGUCGACAACAGCCUAUCACAUGUAUUACUGACCAGGAGAGUCCCUCCCCCAUGGCGACAACAGCCUAUCAGAUGUAUUACUGACCAGGAGAGUCCCUCCCCCAAUGUCGACAACAGCCUAUCAGAUGUAUUACUGACCAGGAGAGUCCCUCCCCCAUGGCGACAACAGCCUAUCAGAUGUAUUACUGGCCAGGAGAGUCCCUCCCCCAAUGUCGACAACAGACUAUCAGAUGUAUUACUGACCAGGAGAGUCCCUCCCCCAGGGUGACAACAGCCUAUCAGAUGUAUUACUGACCAGGAGAGUCCCUCCCCCAAUGUCGACAACAGCCUAUCAGAUGUAUUACUGGCCAGGAGAGUCCCUCCCCCAAUGUCGACAACAGACUAUCAGAUGUAUUACUGACCAGGAGAGUCCCUCCCCCAGGGUGACAACAGCCUAUCAGAUGUAUUACUGACCAGUAGAGUCCCUCCCCCAGGGUGACAACAGCCUAUCAGAUGUAUUACUGACCAGGAGAGUCCCUCCCCCAAUGUCGACAACAGCCUAUCAGAUGUAUUACUGACCAGGAGAGUCCCUCCCCCAAUGUCGACAACAGCCUAUCAGAUGUAUUACUGGCCAGGAGAGUCCCUCCCCCAAUGUCGACAACAGCCUAUCAGAUGUAUUACUGACCAGGAGAGUCCCUCCCCCAUGGCGACAACAGCCUAUCAGAUGUAUUACUGGCCAGGAGAGUCACUCCCCCAAUGUCGACAACAGACUAUCAGAUGUAUUACUGACCAGGAGAGUCCCUCCCCCAAUGUCGACAACAGCCUAUCAGAUGUAUUACUGGCCAGGAGAGUCCCUCCCCCAGGGUGACAACAGCCUAUCAGAUGUAUUACUGACCAGGAGAGUCCCUCCCCCAAUGUCGACAACAGACUAUCAGAUGUAUUACUGACCAGGAGAGUCCCUCCCCCAAUGUCGACAACAGCCUAUCAGAUGUAUUACUGGCCAGGAGAGUCCCUCCCCCAAUGUCGACAACAGACUAUCAGAUGUAUUACUGACCAGGAGAGUCCCUCCCCCAGGUUGACAACAGCCUAUCAGGUGUAUUACUGACCAGGAGAGUCCCUCCCCCAGGGUGACAACAGCCUAUCAGAUGUAUUACUGACCAGGAGAGUCCCUCCCCCAGGGUGACAACAGCCUAUCAGAUGUAUUACUGACCAGGAGAGUCCCUCCCCCAUGGCGACAACAGCCUAUCAGAUGUAUUACUGGCCAGGAGAGUCCCUCCCCCAAUGUCGACAACAGCCUAUCAGAUGUAUUACUGGCCAGGAGAGUCCCUCCCCCAAUGUUGACAACAGACUAUCAGAUGUAUUACUGACCAGGAGAGUCCCUCCCCCAGGUUGACAACAGCCUAUCAGGUGUAUUACUGACCAGGAGAGUCCCUCCCCCAGGGUGACAACAGCCUAUCAGAUGUAUUACUGACCAGGAGAGUCCCUCCCCCAGGGUGACAACAGCCUAUCAGAUGUAUUACUGACCAGGAGAGUCCCUCCCCCAGGGUGACAACAGCCUAUCAGAUGUAUUACUGACCAGGAGAGUCCCUCCCCCAGGGUGACAACAGCCUAUCAGAUGUAUUACUGACCAGGAAAGUCCCUCCCCCAGGGUGACAACAGCCUAUCAGGUGUAUUACUGACCAGGAGAGUCCCUCCCCCAGGGUGACAACAGAUGGAUGCCUUAGCUCUUUAAGUCAGUUAAGCUCUUGUAUCUGACUUUUGGUCCUGUUCUAUGUAAUGUAUCAGUACAUUGUUUUGUAAUACAGAGUGGUCUGAUAUGGACUCUGACACCUGGAUGGGUCUGCAGUUGAUUGUUUCUGUUGUUCUCUUUGUGUGUCUUAAUAUACUGUCCAUGUGUAUGUAUAAGUAUGUGUUAUAAUAAUGUCAUAAUAACCUCUUCUUCUCUGUACUCCCCAGUGCGUACAUCAACAAGGCCAGUGAUUCGUCGGAGCAGGUGACUCUGAUCGAGACAGCUCUGACCUCUCCAGAGGGGCUGGCUGUUGACUGGGUCCAUAACAACAUCUACUGGACCGACUCCGGAGAUAAGACCAUCUCCGUCGCCACGGGAGAUGGCAAGAAGAGGAGGGUGCUGAUCGCCACCGAGCUGAGCGAACCACGGGCCAUCGCUGUGGACCCCCGACAAGGGUGAGAGGGGGCUGGAUCGGAGGGAGGGAUGGGAUUGGGGAGUUAGGGGGGAGGUUGGUGUAGAGUUGGGGUUAGUGUUGAGAGAAGGUGAGGGAGUGAGGAGGUGAGGGAGUGAUGUAAAAAAUAAGGGACAGAGAGAGAGAGAGAGAGAGAGAGACAGAGAGAGACAGAGAGAGAGAGAGAGACAGAGAGAGAGUGAGAGAGAGAGAGAGAGAGACAGAGAGAGAGAGAGAGAGAGAGACAGAGUGCUUCUGUCACCAACCAAGGAGGGCCUACAGCAGCACCUAGAUCUUCUGCACAGAUUCUGUCAGACCUGGGCCCUGACAGUAAAUCUCAGUAAGACAAAAAUAAUGGUGUUCCAAAAAAGGUCCAGUUGCCAGGACCACAAAUACAAAUUCCAUCUAGACACCGUUGCCCUAGAGCACACAAAAAACUAUACAUACCUCGGCCUAAACAUCAGCGCCACAGGUAACUUCCACAAAGCUGUGAACGAUCUGAGAGACAAGGCAAGAAGGGCCUUCUAUGCCAUCAAAAGGAACAUAAAAUUUGACAUACCAAUUAGGAUCUGGCUAAAAAUACUUGAAUCAGUUAUAGAACCCAUUGCCCUUUAUGGUUCUGAGGUCUGGGGUCCGCUCACCAACCAAGAAUUCACAAAAUGGGACAAACACCAAAUUGAGACUCUGCAUGCAGAAUUCUGCAAAAACAUCCUCCGUGUACAACGUAAAACACCAAAUAAUGCAUGCAGAGCAGAAUUAGGCCAAUACCCCGCUAAUUAUCAAAAUCCAGAAAAGAGCCGUUAAAUUCUAUAACCACUUAAAAGGAAGCGAUUCCCAAACCUUCCAUAACAAAGCCAUCACCUACAGAGAGAUGAACUUGGAGAAGAGUCCCCUAAGUAAGCUUGUCCUGGGGCUCUGUUCACAAACACAAACAGACCCCACACAGCCCCAGGACAACAACAACAACAACACAACUAGACCAAACCAAAUCAUGAGAAAACAAAAAGAGAAUUACUUGACACAUUGGAAAGAACAAACAAAAAAACAGAGCAAACUAGAAUGCUAUUUGGCCCUAAACAGAGAGUACACAGUGGCAGAAUACUUGACCACUGUGACUGACCCAAACUUAAGGAAAGCUUUGACUGUGUACAGACUCAGUGAGCAUAGCCUUGCUAUUGAGAAAGGCCGCCGUAGGCAGACCUGGCUCUCAAGAGAAGACAGGCUAUGUGCACACUGCCCACAAAAUGAGGUGGAAACUGAGCUGCACUUCCUAACCUCCUGCCAAAUGUAUGACCAUAUUAGAGACACAUAUUUCCCUCAGAUUACAGCGAUCCACAAAGAAUUCGAAAACAAAUCCAAUUUUGAUAAACUCCCUUAUCUACUGGGUGAAAAACCACAGUGUGCCAUCACAGCUGCAAGAUUUGUGACCUGUUGCCACAAGAAAAGGGCAACCAGUGAAGAACAAACACCAUUGUAAAUACAACCCAUAUUUAUGUUCAUUUAUUUUCCCAUUUGUACUUUAACUAUUUGCACAUUGUUACAACACUGUAUAUAUACAUAAUAUGACAUUUGAAAUGUCUUUAUUCUUUUGGAACCUCUGAGUGUAAUGUUUACUGUUAAUAUUUAUUGUUUAUUUCACUUUUGUUUACUAUCUACUUCACUUGCUUUGGCAAUGUUAACAUACGUUUCCCAUGCCAAUAAAGCCCUUAAAUUGAAAUUGAAAUUGAAAUUGAGAGACAGAGACAUACAUAAAGAGUUUGAGAGAGGUUGGGUAAAAAAGACAGCUUGAUUGUCCAUGAUGUGUCACAUUAUGUGUUGCCUAUCUGGUCAGAAACCUGAAACAUGUUAGAACACUGAAACAGAUCAGAACACUAAAACGUGGUCAGUCACCUGCUCUUUCCUCUCAGCAUCUUGCCUUGUUUCUCUCUCCCCUCUCUCUUUCUCUCCCUCUCUCUUUCUCCAUUUCUCACUCUCUCCUCCCUCCCCCUCCCCCUCCCCCCCCCUCUAACCUUUUCCUCUUCCCCUCCCUCCCUCCCUCCCUCCCUCCCUCCCUCCCUCCCUCCCUCCCUCCCUCCCUCCCUACCUCCCUACCUCUUUUCCUAUCAGACGUAGCUGUAGGCAUCAAUAGCAUCUAUCUAGUGUCUCAGUCUGAAGCAUCACAGCUCUCUCAACACUUAAGCUCCUCUCAUCUCCCAUCUUCCUGGCUCUCCCUGACAACUCUAUUCCCCAAGGCCUUCUUCUUUCCACAACAUUACUGAGCCAGACGAGCAUGAAACAUGCAAAUGAGCCAAACGCAGGUUUGGUUCCUCAGUACAGGGAGAGAAGACAAUGUUAGCUAACUGUCCCCGCUGGUCUGUAUACUACCUGCCUGCCUGCCUGGCUGGCAUAUUUAUAUCAUGGAGGUAGAACAGAGAGCUGCUGCCUGGGAGAUAUGUACACAGUUUGCCUUUGGCUCAAUAGUGGAGAUGGUUUACUUUUAAACCAUUUAGAUAUUUAUCUGAGAUUCUUUACUACAGUAUCAGGUAAGGUUGCACUGCUGAUAGUCACCUAAUAGCAUUUUUUGUCUGUCUGUCUGUCUGUCUGUCUCUCUCUCUCGCUCUCUCGCUCUCCAUACUGUGGGCUACAUAUCCUCACUAUGUGAUUAUUGUAGUUAUUGUUCAAUCUAAAUCCCCUUUCUCUCCUGUAGGUUUAUGUACUGGUCUGACUGGGGGACCCAGGCAAAGAUAGAGAAGGCUGGCAUGAACGGAGUGGACCGCCAGGUACUGGUGUCAGAGAGGAUCGAGUGGCCCAACGGAAUCACUCUGGGUAAGACUGGCACUGGGGAGAGCGGGAGGGAAUGAGGGAGAGAGAGGUACAUUUUUGUUUAUUUCACUUUUGUUUAUUAUCUACUUCACUUGCUUUGGCAAUGUUAACAUAUGUUUCCCAUGCCAAUAAAGCCCUUAAAUUGAAUUGAAAUUUAAAUUGAGAGGGAGGGAUGUAGGGAAGGAAGGAAUGAGGGAGAGCUACAUGAUGAUAUUACAGAUACAGAGAAAGGCUGAAGGGAAAGGAAGACACAGAGAGAGGUGAGAAGCGAAAAGAGAGAAAGAAAGAAAACAUUGUAAAACAACCAUUUCUGUCACAUAGUUGUGAGUCAGUCAGUCAGUCAGUGUGGCUCUGUCAUCAGUCAGCCUGUAGUUUGUUAUUUCAGCAGAGCUGUGAAUGAAGCGGCCCCAGCUGUGUCAUCAAUACCCCAAUCAUCCUCCCCUCCAUCCCUCCAUCCUUCCAUCCCUCCACCCCUCCAUCCCUCCACCCUUCCAUCCCUCCACCCCUCCAUCCCUCCACCCUUCCAUCCCUCCACCCCUCCAUUCCUCCAUCCUUCCAUCCCUCCACCCCUCCAUCCCUCCAUCCUUCCAUCCCUCCACCCCUCCAUCCCUCCACCCUUCCAUCCCUCCACCCUUCCAUCCCUCCACCCCUCCAUCCCUCCACCCUUCCAUCCCUCCACCCUUCCAUCCCUCCACCCCUCCAUCCCUCCACCCUUCCAUCCCUCCACCCUUCCACCCCUCCAUCCCUCCAUCCUUCCAUCCCUCCACCCUUCCAUCCCAACAACAGAGCAGAGAGAGAGAGAACAACAGAGCAGAGAGAGAGAACAACAGAGCAGAGAGAGAGAGAGAACAACAGCAGAGAGAGAACAACAGAGAGAGAGAACAACAGAGCAGAGAGAGAGUACAACAGAGCAGAGAGAGAGAACAACAGAGCAGAGAGAGAGAGAGACAAACAGCAGAGAGAGAACAACAGAGAGAGAGAACAACAGAGCAGAGAGAGAGUACAACAGAGCAGAGAGAGAGAACAACAGAGCAGAGAGAGAGAGAGAACAACAGAGCAGAGAGAGAGAGAACAACAGAGCAGAGAGAGAGAGAGUGAGAACAACAGAGCAGAGAGAGAGAACAACAGAGCAGAGAGAGAGAGAACAACAGAGCAGAGAGAGAGAGAGAGAACAACAGAGCAGAGAGAGAGAGAACAACCGAGCAGAGAGAGAGAACAACAGAGCAGAGAGAGCGAGAACACAGAGGCAAGAGAGAGAACAACAAGCAGAGAGGGAGACAACAGAGCAUAGAGAGAGAGAACAACAGAGCAGAGAGAGAGAGAACAACAGAGCAGAGAGAGAGAACAACAGAGCAGAGAGAGGGAGAACAACAGAGCAGAGAGAGAGAGAACAGCAGAGAGAGCGAGAGACAUCAGAGAGAGAACGACAGAGCAGAGAGAGAGAGACAUCAGAGAGAGAGAGACAGAGAUAGAACGACAGAGCAGAGAGAGAGAACGACAGAGCAGAGAGAGAGAGAGAACAACAGAGCAGAGAGAGAGAGACAUCAGCGAGAGAGAGACAGAGAGAGAACGACAGAGCAGAGAGAGAGAGAGAGACAUCAGAGAGAACAACAGAGCAGAGAGAGAGAGAGAGAUAACAACAGCAGAGAGAGAGAACAACAGAGCAGAGAGAGAGAGAUAACAACAGCAGAGAGAGAGAACAACAGAGCAGAGAGAGAGAGAGAAGGGUGUGGAAUUGAGGUGUCGCUAGCUAAGGCUACAUCUGUAUGAAAACAAGUUAUGUUGAGAGUUAGAGGAGCGUGAGAGAGAGAGAAAAUAACACUGGCUGGCUAAUUUUGUUUCUCAAAAAAAAAAAAAAGGGAUUAUUUUCCCCUUUUCAUCAAUUUCACAGCCAGCAGGCAGACAGAGCAGAGUAGAAUGGUUGAUUGUAUGAGUGGCUGAGUGGAGAAAGGUGAGGUUGUGAAUGAAUAAAGCACCGCUGUUACCUGAUUGACUCCCUACAGCUGUGUUAUUACAUCAAUAUUUACUUUGCCGACCUGCUUAUUCACUUCCAAAACAGUUGAUCUAGCUAGCCUUAUUAACUGCACACCUACACACACUCGAUUGACAUAGCUUGAUAUUAGCUUGAGGUCAGGUUAGGUUAAGUGCCAGGCUCAGGGGACUUUUUGUAGUAUUCCCCAUCUGGAGAUUGAACCAGCAACCUUCUGAUCGCUAUUGUAUUGUCCAAUUGGAGGGCAUGGCUGACAAAGAGGAUUGAUGUUCUACUGGACCAGAACCAUCAAACUCUCUGUCUAGACCUUUUCUCAUUAACUUCUGAAGAAGUGUUGUACCGUACAUUAACCUGACCUCCCUCGCUCUCUCCUCUCCAUUCCAUUCCUCUCUUUCUCUCUCUUUCUCCCCACCUAUCUCCCUCUCUCUCUCCCUUACUUAUUCUCUCCCUCCCCCUCUCUCCCUUCCCUCUCCCCCUCUCUCAUCCCCUUUCUCUCUCUCCCUCUCACUUCUCUCUCACUCCCUCUCUCUCCCUAUCUCAGACCUAUCCAACAGGCGUCUGUACUGGGUGGACUCUAAGCUGCACUUGCUCUCCAGCAUCGACCUGAACGGUGACAACCGUAAAGUGCUGCUCUUUUCCCAGGACCACCUGGGGCACCCCUUUGCUCUCACCGUCUUCGAGGUAAAGAGGGAAGAGACAUGGGAGGAGUAGGAGGGGGUGAAGGGUGGGAGGCACAGAGGAGGGAUGAGGGGGGAGGAGCAGGAUGGGAUGGAGAGUAAGGGAGAGAUGGGGGAGGAGGGGAGAUGAGCAGGAGGAGGUGGAGAUGAGCAGGAGGAGGUGGAGAGUGAGGGGGAGAUGGGGGAGGAGGGUGGAGGAGUAGGAGGGGGUGGAGGGAGAGAUGGGCGAGGCAUCGAGUCACAGCUGUAAAAGGGUGAGAUUGGUAAGGAGGAAGGGGAGAGGCCAGAGAAGGGAGUAGGGGUUGACAGCCACAGGGAGAGGGAGGAGGGGGAGAGUGUGGGAGGCACCGGGUCACAGAGGGGGGAGGAGUAGGGAGUGGAAGGAAUCGGGUCACAGAGGGGGAGGAGGGGGGAAAGUAAUCUGGUCCCAGGUGGAGAAGGGAGAGUGUCAGAGGGGUAAGCAGGGAGGGCACAGUGGUGUGAGACUGUGACAUGCUACAGGUAGUGUCUUUCAACAGCUGCCGUGUCAAUGCCACAGGAAAAGCCUCUAUGAGUCAGGCAUGGUAGAAUAGUGGUGUACAGAAUCAAUAGAGGGAGGGAGAUGACCAAUAAGAACUAAAGGAAGUAAUAAUGGGUAAUGCAGAGUCAGAGGAUUGGAUGAGAUAACAGAGCUCUGGCUGCUCUAAGGACUACCAGUAGAUCAGUGGUAAUAUGGUAGGGGUGCACACAGAGGGGGACCUGGGGACAUUCAGAGAGACCACUGUCCCAGGCUCUGUGGGGCAGCAGUUAUAACACUCAGAGUAACACACUCUAGAGCCUUGAAACUUAACUCUGGACCUCGAAGCCAGUUCCACUGCAUUUUUUCAUUGUUCCCCUCUAAUCAGGGACUGAUUUAGACCUGGGAUACCAGGUGUGUGCAAUUAAUUAUCAGGUAGAACAGAAAACCAGGAGGCUCCGGACCUCGUAGGGUAAGAGUUGAGUACCCCUGGUAUAGAUGAAUGGCCUCCAGCGCUGUGUUCAUUCUGCAGUAGCUAGCCAGGACCCAGACUUCACAGUUCCUGUGGGUGGCCAGACCAGGCCAUGGUCUUCAGUACCGCAGGGCCGUGGAGGAUGGAGGGGUAGAGGGGUCAUACAUCACAGCCUAGCCCCCUGACAGGCCCCCCGACAGGGCAGGAUUCUCCACACGACCCCCCCCCCCGCCCACCUCCACUCUCCUCCCUGGGGCCUGUGGCCAGGUGUUGGAAACAGGAAACAAUGUUUUUCCACCCAUCUUAGUUUUAUUGCUGUCUGCUUGGCCGGAGGGAGGGAGUGGGCUGGGCUGGAGAGAGGGAGUGGGCUGGGCUGGAGAGGGGGAGGGAGGGAGUGGGCUGGGCUGGAGGGAGGGAGUGGGCUGGGCUGGAGGGAGGGAGUGGAGUGGGGCUGGGCUGGAGGGAGGGAGUGGAGUGGGCUGGGCUGGAGGGAGGGAGGGAGUGGGCUGGGCUAGAGAGAGGGAGUGGGCUGGGCUGGAGAAGGGGAGUGGGCUGGGCUGGAGAGAGGGAGUGGGCUGGGCUGGAGGGAGGGGGUAGGGGAGGUGAGGGGAGGGAGUGGGCUGGGCUGGAGGGAGGGAGUGGGCUGGGCUGGAGGGAGGGAGGGGAGUGGGCUGGGCUGGGAGGGAGGGAGGGAGUGGCUGGUGCUAGAGAGAGGGAGUGGGCUGGGCUGGAGGGAGGGAGGGAGUAGGCUGGGCUGGAGAGGGGGAGGGAGGGAGUGGGCUGGGCUGGAGGGAGGGAGGGAGUGGGGCCGGAGGGAGGGAGGGAGUGGGCUGGGCUAGAGAGAGGGAGUGGGCUGGGCUGGGGAGGUAGUAGGGCUGGGCUGGAGAGGUAGUAGGCCUGGGCUGGAGAGAAGCAGUGGCGCUGGGGGGAGGGAGUGGGGCUGAGAGAGGUUACUGUAGAGUACAGACUUGAAUUGGAUGGGCUUUGAGGGACUGAUAUCGGGGCUGACUCUGUGUAGAUGGGCUGUGAGGGACUGAUAUCGGGGCUGACUGAGUAGAUGGGCUGUGAGGGACUGAUAUCGGGGCUGACUCUGUGUAGAUGGGCUGUGAUAGGGACUGAUAUCGGGGCUGACUCUGAGUAGAUGGGCUGUGAUAGGGACUGAUAUCGGGGCUGACUCUGAGUAGAUGGGCUGUGAUAGGGACUGAUAUCGGGACUGACUGAGUAGAUGGGUUGUGAUAGGGACUGAUAUCGGGGCUGACUCUGAGUAGAUGGGCUGUGAGAGGACUUGUAUUUUGGGGCUGACUCUGAGUAGAUGGAGUACGAAUGACUGAGAGGGCUGAGCAGAAAGUUAGACAGGAUAGAGUGAGGAACUGACAGGUGUUGUGCGGGGGUGGAUUGGAGAGAAUGUAAGGGACUGGCAGAUGAGUGCAAUACCUCUUCCUAAUUUGCUAUUGUGGGUGUGUGAGUGCACUCCUGGUCUAAACAGCUUACUUGAAAGAACCCGUAACCCUCCAGGCUUAUACUUAACUUUCAUCUAGCUGACACCCUGCACAAUGGAUAUCAGCCCUACCUUACAGCUCAUUGCACCUUUCCUAUAGGGACUAAAGUCAUGUAAUGAGUGGACAGGUGUGAGUAGAGCUGAGCUGAUCCAGGACCAGUGUUGAAAGGUGGAGUGUCAGGGUAGGUAGUGUUAAGGGCUGAUCAGGGUUAAGAGCCUGGGAGAUAUGGCCGUCUCAGGGUUUAAGCCUGAAGACAUGAAACCCCCCUUGAUCCCCUUUUUAAAAGGGGGGUUCCCCUUUUAAAGGGCUGCAAUGAAUUUUAAACCGGAAUAAAUUAUUGGGGGGAAAAGGGGGGGGGGGGGUUUUUUUUUGGGGGUUUUGGGGGGCGUUUUUGGGGGUUGGGGGCGGCUUUUAGGGAGGGGGGUGGGGUUGUGGUGUUUUGGGGGUGGUUUUGGGCGGGGGGGGGGGGGCUUUCUCCGGGGGGUGGUGCCGGGCGGCCCGGCCCGGGCUUUCCCCGGGGGGGGCCCCCCGGGGCGGGUGGGGGCGGGGGUGGGGGCGGGCCGGGGUCCGGCGUGCGGGGGCGGCUGCGGGGGGCCCCCCGCUCGGGCCGGCGCGGGGGGUUUCCCCCGGGGGGGGGGUGCGUGCUCUGCGUCGUGCUUGGGGGCGGGCCGGGGGGCGUCCGCGGGUUUUGCCGGCCGGGCGCGGUGUGCGGUGGGGGGGCGGCGUCCGGGCGGGCGGGGGGGGGGGCGGGCGUGGGGUGGGCGGGGGGGGGCGCUGGCGGGGUGCCGGGCGGGCGGGCCUGCCGGGGCGGGUGCCCCCGGGCUCCCGCGGGGGGGUGCCCCUGGGAAGGUUAUUAUCCUGGGGAUUUGUUUUUUAUGCUUUUAAAAAGGUUAUUAAAAUCGAUCUCGAGAGAGGGAGGUUAGAGGAGAGAGGGAUGGAAAGAAAGGGGAUCUAUCUCUCGAUCCAUCUCUCUCUCUGUCUAUCUCUCUAUCACAAUCUCUCUCUUCUAUCUUCUCCUCCCUGUCUAUCUGUUCGUCUAUCUCGUCUAUCUCUCCUGUCUCUUUGUUUCUCUCUCCCCUCACUCCCCUUCUCUCUCUCUUCCCCCUUCUCUCUUCCUCGCUGCUGCUGUCUGUCAUCUCUCCUCUCUCUCUAAUUUUCUUCCUCCUUUUAUCUCUCUGUCUAUCUGUCUCUGUCGCUCUCUGUCUAUCUCUGUCUAUCCCCUUUUUCUUUCUCUGUUCUCUCUGCCCCUCUCUCUGCUCUGUUCUCUCUACUCUUUUCCCAAUAUCUCUCUUGUCUAUCUCCCGCCCAACCUCUCUCUCUGCCCCUCUCUCAAUCACGAUCUCUCUCUGUCUAUCUCUCUAUCACAAUCUCUCUCUGUCUAUCUCUCGAUUACGAUCUCUCUCUGUCUAUCUCCUAUCACAAUCUCUCUCUGUCUAUCUCUCGACUGUCCCUCUCCUUUUUCCUUUCCUCCCCUCUCGGGGUCCUCUUUUCGAUCACAAUCUCCCCUCUCUACAGAGCUCUCUCUGUCUCUCUCGAUCAUAAUCGCUCUCUGUCUAUCUCUCGAUCACUAUCUCUCUCUCAACUAUCCGAUUCUUUCUCUGUCUCAAUCUAUCUCUCUAUCUCUUUCCAUCUCUGUUUUUCAUGGUAGCAGAUGGAUCUGAGGUUGGCGUAGCAACCGUGGAUCUAUCACCUCAUCCUCCGCUCAUGCUGCUAUUUUAUCACUGGGGGCAGGCUGAGGGAGCAGCGAAAGAAAGAGAGAAGGGGGAGAUAGAGAAGAGAAAAGAGGGGAUGAUCUAAUUAUAACGUUUUCUCCCCUUUCGUUUUUUACUCAAUCUUCCUCUCUUCUCCCCCUCUUCCUUUUUCUCUCUCUCCUUUCUCUCUCUUCGCUCUCCCCCUCUCCCUCGCUCUUCCCUCUCCAUCUUUCCCCCUCUCUCUCUUUCCUCCCUUCUCCUUCCCCGUUUUUCCCCUUUUUUUUUCUACGGGGUUGGCCUGCUGCGAAUGUAUCCCCCCUGGUUCUCUUGUAGCAAGCCAUUACAUUGUGUUAAAUGUACUGAUGGAGGUCAAUGUCAGCCACUGGUGUUCCCUUAUACCUAUUGUAAAGGACCUCCAUCAGGGUCUGGUAGCUCCACAAAGUGUGAUAGGCUACUUAAGACUGUAGAUUUUGGUGGGUGCACUAUACAAAACUCAAGCCUACUUUCCCGAUGUCCUCAGGAUGUGGUUAGACGGCCAAUUUCGAAGUCACUCUUGAGCGAUCUGCCUGUGUAUUGACAGUGACAACAAUGACACCCCCUCUGUCUGCAGGCUUUGUAACAACAUAUAUAUUAUUCUCCAGCUCACUUACUGUACUGCCAUCAUUUGAUAUGACACAGCUUCCUGUCUCGCUGCCUCACACAUCAUAGAAAACAACUGCUUAUGUGUUGUGGGUUGAGGACUGAACCAUUGCCAUGUCUCCCUGCAGGACCGUGUGUACUGGACAGACCUGGAGGAUGAGGCUAUCUACAGCGCUAACAGGCUAACAGGACAUGAUGUGGCUACGCUAGCAGAACACCUAAAUAACCCUCUAGAUGUUGUCGUGUUCCACGAACUACGCCAACCCAAAGGUGAGAGACAUAUACACACACACAUACAUGCUCAUACGCAUACACACAGUAUUUAUUUUGUAGUGUUUUUCUUUAUAGAUCACUGGAACACUACCUGUAUGUUAUUUUGCCUGAGAGAAAUGGGUCAAGUGUCAAUAUUAAUGUGUAUGUCUGUCUGCAACACUGGAAAAUACACUAUAUAUACAAAAGUAUGUGUUCACCCCUUCAAAUUAGUGGAUUCGGCUAUUUCAGCCACACCUGUUGCUGACUGGUGUAUAAAAUCGAGCACACAGCCAUGCAAUCUACAUAGACAAACAUUGGCAGUAGAAUGGCCUUACUGAAGAGCUCAGUGACUUUCAACGUGGCACCGUCAUAGGAUGCCACCUUUCCAACAAGUCAGUUCGUCAAAUUUCUGCCCUGCUAGAGCUGCCCCGGUCAGCAUAGGAACUGUUCGUAGGGAGCUUCAUGAAAUGGGUUUCCAUGGCCGAGCAGCCGCACACAAGCCUAAAAUCACCAUGCGCAAUGCCAAGCGUCGGCUGGAGGGGUGUAAAGCUCGCCGCCAUUGGACUCUGGAGCAGUGGAAACGCGUUCUCUAGAGUGAUGAAUCACGCUUCACCAUCUGAAGGUCCAACGGACAAAUCUGGGUUUGGCGGAUGCCAGGAGAACGCUACCUGCCCAAUGCAUAGGGCCAACUGUAAAGUUUGGUGGAGGAGGAAUAAUGGUCUGGGGCUGUUUUUCAUGGUUUGGGUUAGGCCCCUUAGUUCCAGUGAAGGGAAAUCUUAACGCUACAGCAUACAAUGACAUUCUAGACGAUUCUGUGCUUCCAACUUUGUGGCAACAGUUUGGGGAAGGCCCAUUCCUGUUUCAGCAUGACAAUGCCCUCAUGCACAAAGCAAUGUCCAUACAGAAAUGGCUUGUCGAGAUCGGUGUGGAAGAACUUGACUGGCCUGCACAGAGCCCUGACCUCAACCCCAUCGAACAACUUCGGGGUGAAUUAGAAUGCCGACUAUGAGCCAGGCCUAAUCGCCCAACAUCAGUGCCCGACCUCACUAACGCUCUUGUGGCUGAAUGGAAGCAAGUCCCCGCAGCAAUGUUCCAAAAUCUAGUGGAAAGCCUUCCCAGAAGAGUGGAGGCUGUUAUAGCAGCAAAGGGGGGACCAACUGAAUAUUAAUGCCCAUGAUUUUAAAAUGAGAUGUUCAACAAACAGGUGUCCACAUACUUUUAGUCAUGUAGUGUAUAUAUGCAUCCUCUCGUGGUGUGUCUGUGUGUGUAUCCAAGCCCCUGUGUGUGCACACGGGUGUGUGUCCGUGCGCGCGUGUGUGUGUCUGCAUGCAGGAGUGUCUGCAGAAGUGUGUGAGCAUUGUGUUUUGGUCCUUUGUUUUCCGUCUCAGUCAGAGCCGGUGUUGUCUCAGUGCCACUAGAGUGGAGCUGAUUACAGUCUCUCAUUAAUAAAGAGCACUACUAAUAAAAUAUUAAUCAAAGAAAUAUAUGAAUGAAAUAGUGCUGCGGAGUUAGCCUGCAUCCCAAAUGUCACCCCAUUCCCUACAUUUUGCCCUGGUCAAAAGUAGUGCACUAUAUAGGGAAUAGGGUGCCAUUCUCUGGUCUAAAGUAGUGCACUAUAUAGGGAAUAGGGUGCCAUUUGAGACACAAUCUUAGUUUCAAAUAUCUCCAAGGUGAAAUAUUAAUCAUAGUGCUACCUCUGCAGGUUUCAAGAAGAUGUGGUUCAUUACCCUAUUCUCUCUCUCUCUCUGUCAGUCGCUCUCUAUCAGUCUCUCUCUUUCUGUCUGUCUCUCUCUGUCUCUAUCUCUCUGUCUCUCUCUCUCUCGCUGUCCCUCUGUCUCUCUUUCUCUAUCCUCAGUAUUUCUAUCUCUCUCCUAUGUUUCUCUCUCAAUAUCUCUCUCGCUAUCACUCUCUCUCUUUUAAGAAUAACUAUUUUCAAAACCCAUAGCGAAAGGUCAUUCAAUGAACAACAGCACAAUACCCCUACAGUUUUUAUGUCCCCAACUCUGAAGAGGAGAUGGGGUAGAGGAGGCCAAUCCUAAGGAAUGGGAUAUGUGCUGUUAUACAAGAGGAUGCUGCAAACCCUGGCUUCAUUUUAAAUGGUUAUAUUUCCAUAUCCUGUGAGAAGAUCCCAUUCUGUUCUAAGGCUUUUUAAAUCUCCACAGUUCAGGAAGACUUUUCUUUUCUUUCUUCCUCAGCUUCUCUUUUUUUUUCUUUUUUUUUGUGUCUGUGUGAACUGAACUUUGAAGCUAGCUGAGUUUCUGUGGUAGUGAUAUGUCUGUCUCUAGAAGAACUGAGGGGAGAGGAGUAUUGCAACUUCUCUGCAGGGUUUGCAGCAUCCUCUUGUAUAACAGCACAUAUCCCAUUCCUUAGGAUCGGCCUCCUCUACCCCAUCUCCUCUUCAGAGUUGGGGACAUAAAAACUGUUUCACUAGUCCGUUUUAGACCUAGCGAGGUGUGCACAGCCUUUUGGGGUUGGAAGGAGGGAAGGGAUAUGUUUUGUAAUGUACCUUAGCGGGUUUUUGGGCAUAAUAUUUCUUAGCGGGUUUUUGGGCAUAAUAUUUCAUCUUAUUUUUAUGCAUAGCUGCUAAGUAGGAAACAUAGAGAGGAUGUCUUUGUACCGUAACAAUAAUGUUUAGUCAAUGAGUGUUAUAAAUACAGUGGGGAGAACAAGUAUCUGAUACACUGCCGAUUUUGCAGGUUUUCCUACUUACAAAGCAUGUAGAGGUCUGUAAUUUUUAUCAUAGGUACACUUCAACUGUGAGAGACGGAAUCUAAAACAAACAUCCAGAAAAUCACAUUGUAUGAUUUUAAGUAAUUAAUUUGCAUUUUAUUGCAUGACAUAAGUAUUUGAUAAAUCAGAAAAGCAGAACAUAAUAUUUGGUACAGAAACCUUUGUUUGCAAUUACAGAGAUCAUACGUUUCCUGUAGGUCUUGACCAGGUUUGCACACACUGCAGCAGGGAUUUGGCCCACUCCUCCAUACAGACCUUCUCCAAUGUGAUUUUCUGGAUUUUUGUUUUAGAUUCCGUCUCUCACAGUUGAAGUGUACCUAAGAUAAAAAAUUACAGACCUCUACAUGCUUUGUAAGUAGGAAAACCUGCAAAACCGGCAGUGUAUCAAAUACUUGUUCUCCCCACUGUACAUGUUGAGUGCCUGAGUCAUAUUACUUGUGUUAUGACACAUUAUGUUACUGUUACACAUACUAAUGGUUGAUAUGUCUCUGCUGUGUCUUCCUGUCUAGCUCCAGACAGCUG